ACCAAGAUGACUUUCUGCUACCAGACCCGCUGUGAGGAUUCCUGCUACUCCCCCUGCAACUACAGGAGGGUCUGCAGCUACAGGACCUACGACUGCAGCCCCUGCAGCUCCCAGAGCUACGACUGCAGCCCCUGCGACUACCGGGGCUACGGGAGCCUGUGCAGCCCCCGGGACUGCUACCCCUGCUACAGCUCCCGCCUCUGCUACCCCUACUCCUCCUGCUACACCCGCAGAUACACCUAUGGCAGCUGCUACCCCUGCUAAACCCACCCACAAAACUACC